AUGUUUAGCAAGGCUUUCCUUUCCGCUGCUCUGCUCGGCGCUGCCGCCGUUGAGGGUCACAUGAUGAUGGCGCAGCCCGUUCCUUACGGCAAGGACACUCUCAACAACUCUCCACUUGCGGCCGAUGGCAGUGAUUUCCCGUGCAAGUUGAGGUCCAACACUUACCAGGUCACCGAAGAGAACACUGCCGCCAUCGGUCAAUCGAUGCCUCUGUCUUUCAUUGGUAGCGCUGUUCACGGCGGCGGAUCUUGCCAGGUCAGUCUGACCACCGACCGUGAGCCCACGAAGGACUCCAAGUGGAUAGUCAUCAAGUCGAUCGAAGGUGGAUGUCCUGCCAACGUUGAUGGUAAUCUUUCUGGUGGCCCCACCUCCACGGGAGCUUCCAAGUUCACCUACACCAUCCCUGAAGGUAUUGAGCCUGGCAAAUACACCCUCGCCUGGACUUGGUUCAACCGUAUCGGAAACCGUGAGAUGUACAUGAACUGUGCCCCUCUUACUGUCACCGGUAGUUCUUCGAAGCGUGACGAAGUUCCCAAGGAGAAGACGGUUGAGAAGCGCUCUGCUAACUUCCCUCCCAUGUUCGUCGCCAAUGUGAACGGCUGCACCACCAAGGAAGGUGUUGAUAUUCGUUUCCCCAAUCCCGGUUCCAUCGUUGAGUACGCUGGUGAUAAGAGCAACCUUGCGGCUGAGGGCAGCCAGGCCUGCACUGGCACCCCCACAUUCGGUGGCGAUGGUAACACCGCCGGUUCCAGUGGCUCAUCUGGCAGUUCUUCUGGAAGCUCUUCUGGCGGCUCCAGCUCUUCGGCUGCCGGCUCCGGUGCUACUGCACCUCCCGCGCCAGCGGUUUCCUCGACUUUGGUCCCCAAGCCUUCCCAGUCCUCUGCUCCUGGUGUCUUUGUCCCCACCGGCUCUCCCGCCCAGCCUACCCACACCAGCGCCCCCUCGGGUGGCUCUAGCUCCGGCUCUGGUUCCAGCUCUGGUUCCAACUCUGGCUCUAGCUCCGGCUCCAGCUCUUCCUCUAGCUCUUCCUCCAGCUCUGGUGCUCUGACCGGAUCUUGCAGCUCGGAGGGAACCUGGAACUGCAUUGGUGGAUCUUCCUUCCAGCGCUGUGCCAACGGACAGUGGACCGCAGUGCAGCAGAUGGCCACUGGUACUGAAUGUACUGCUGGUCAGGCCUCCAACCUCAAGAUCAAGGCCACCAACCUCAAGCCCCGCAUGCUCCACGAGAUGCGUCACAGGAAGCGCAACUACCACAACCACGCUUAA